GUUUCGAUGAGAGUGAAUGCAACAUCUGCAUUUGAUAUUGAGCUUUUGACGUAUGACUCUAUUGACACGUCAAACUUGUACCCUAGGGUCAAAGAGUUUACCAGCGUUUCACUUUCCAAAGAAGAGGAGAUCGAAUGGUUGCUAAAGGCCAUCGCGUUGCUCGAUCUUACCACUCUUGCUGGCGACGAUACAGUUACUAAUGUGCAUCGUUUGUGCUCAAAAGCCAAACGCCCAUUGAGUGCGUGUAUCGCGGAAAGGCUGACAAGUGUUCACGAUUGGGAUUUGACAGAUUUACGAACGGCUGCGGUGUGCGUUUACCCGAACCAGGUGAAAAUAUGCCGCCAGUUUUUCAACGAAAUCGGGUCUGUUGAUUUCCCCGUCGCAUCCGUAGCCGCCGGUUUCCCUUCUGGUCAGUAUCCUCUGGAGACUCGAUUGAGUGAAAUUAUCAUUGCUGUAAACGAUGGCUCUUCUGAAAUAGACACUGUAAUCAACCGGACGCUCGCGCUUCAAAAGAACUGGAAAGCUGUUUAUAAUGAAGUGUGCGCAAUGCGUGCCGCUUGCGGUGAUAAGGUGCGUUUGAAGACCAUUUUGGCAACUGGUGAACUGGGCAGCUAUGAGAACGUGUACGCUGCGUCUAUGGUCUGCAUGCUAGCCGGCGCAGACUUCAUCAAAACGUCAACCGGGAAGGAAGCUGUGAACGCCACUCUACCCGUUUCUUUGGUCAUGCUUCGCGCGAUACGUGACUUUUAUGAUGUAUAUGGCAUCAAGGUUGGCUUCAAACCUGCAGGGGGACUGCGAACUGCUGCGGAUGCGGUGAAUUACCUCGCUUUGGUUUUGAACUACAUGGGGCCGGAAUGGGUUCAACCGGAAUUUUUGCGUUUCGGUGCCAGCUCUCUACUCGGCAACAUCGAAUCCCGUUUGUAUAUGCUCUUGAAUAAUGGCUAUCAGCCAUUGCCUGGUUGCCUGGAUUACAUGUGACCUGAAUUACCCCUCCAUCCACGUGAUUCGGAUACUAAUUGUCUUCCUCUGUUUUUUUUUCGGAUAAUUUUUCAUAGUAUUUGAUAACAAAGAUAUCAACAAAUUGCAUCCGCAAAACAAUUUUACAAACAUUUGCAAUGGCAAUGCGUUGGUUAGAGGAGCAUGUUCUUCCUGCCUCCUCGUUUAUUGGGUUCUUGUGUUUGUGUGUGUAUGUGUGCGCGCGUUUAUGUAUGCUUUUUUACGUAACGGUCACCUUGCGGUGUUGCUGUUAUCUUGUGCGACGUGUAUGCUGUCAUCCGGUAUGUUGGGUUAAGGAAAGGUAGUGCUUGGCGUCGUACGACCAUCGAUUUUUCCUAGUUUUUU